AUCAGGUUCAGAGGGAGUCGACUCUUUCAGUGAGUCGGUUUUGUGGAAUCGAGCUCAUCAGUUUUGACUCCGCCUACAGGAACAAGACUCUCGUUUAAUUCCGGAAAUUAACAAACUCGUGAUGUCAGGAGGCGAGCAGAAAGGGUUGAGUUGCUCAGCAGAGGAAAAGUCUGGCUUUUUUGGACUGUAAUUACUUCUGAACACGUUGACCUGAGUAUAAUACAUGCGAUGAAACGACGGAAGACAGAGACACCGCGGUGCUGUUUGUUGACACAGCCAUAAAGUGAAGUCACUCAGGAUCUGUCAUCGACUAACUGCACUGUUUUGCUUCCUAGUCCGGGAUUUCCUCAACUUCAGCUAAUAUGACACGACAUGUUUUGGAACAGGUGACAGAUUUCGGCGAUUUUACAAGAGGUAAAGAACUGAAAGACUUUUUGAAGCAGUCUUAUGCGAAAAAUUCUUCAAAAAGCUGCUUGUCCAAUAUCCGCAUUAGUCCAGAUGGACGACACAUCCAUAUUAUCCAGCAAGCUCCAAGAACUGGUCUCAUGACCCAUGACAGAUAUCAGAGAGCCCAUCUAGUCCAGAGCCACGAGCAUCUGGAUUUAGUUUUGAUACGGAAUGUCUCGAUAGUUGACCUACUCUAUUUCAAACCGAACCAUUCAGAGGACGGAGCACUUCUGCUUGGAAUAAUCUUCGAGAAUGGCACAACCGAAUUAUGGAAAUUCUCUGAGCGGACAUCUGGAUGGCGCUUGCUUCAGACUGUCGAGCUCUGUAACAGCCCCAGAGCCAAAAUCACUUCUGUGUGCAUCAGUCAGAAUUCCAUCGUAUGGUGUGAGGAAAGACCUCCGUCAGAGAGCUCUUCGGUCUCCGCUGUGGAUCGCAGUUACUUCACGUACUGCAUCUGUCAAAGGACUUUUGAUGUCGAUGAACGAGGUAUCUCCUUGGGUGGAGUGAAAACUGCACUGCACAAUAAUCCUCGUUAUUCGGUUAUCAGUACCGGAGAUAUUGUAUAUUUGUUGCCAAAUAUAAAGGAAGACUCUUGCAAGAGUGUUAAAAAAGUGUUUUUAUCAUGGUCAACUCAGAACAAUGUCUAUAAGGUCCACAGUACCGGUCAUGGAACCCUCCUCGUCAGAAAUUCCACAGCAAACAAACAGUUAGACUUUAAAAGAUUGGUCACUGACUGCAUCGGCUAUCUGUCCACCAUUACCCCGCCUGACAUCUAUGGUUUUAGUCCUAUCGGAUAUGGGGAUAUCUUGCUCCUCCUCAGUUCUGGGUGGGUUUGCAUUAUGCAAAGAGAUGGAAUUCUCCGGCAGAUUUAUAAACUGCCUGACAACUGCCUCACUACAUGUGGGACUCAAAACAGCCUAAACAUGUAUGAUGAUAUCAUUGCACUAACCGUGGGCAGAAUGAUGUACCUAAUUGACAUCAAGUGUGGCAUGGAGUUGGACAGGAUGCCUUUAAAAAGGGAGGGCCUCCUGUUUGUGAACCGUUUAGAGACUAAGUCCCCGCAGAUGUUUUCAGAGGCUGGGUUAUAUAUGGUAAUCCAGAAGGAGAUUGAAGCAAAAUCCAAGCCAUCAGGUGCUCAUGUAGAGAAUAUUAACUCGGGUACUGUCUUGGUUGAGGCUCUGUUUGAGGAGGCGUGUAAAUAUUACCAACAAAGAAGUCUUAGCACCACACAGCUAACAGCUGAAAAACUCAAGAAGGGCGGGAUGUUUCAGGCCCCUAUCACACUGGCAAACAUCAUCAGGGAUUACUUGGGCAACAGUAAUAUGAAAACGACAGGGACGGAUUCUUCAGGACAUAAGAAACUCUUAAGCUGUCUGGACUCUGAACUAAAGAAUCUCAUUGCCCUGGAGGACAUUAAGGCCUCAGUGGUGAAAGCCUCAGAAAAAGAUCUACAGAGUUAUUGUGAGACUCUAAUUCAGCAGGAACUCUGCAGGCUGCUCAGCUCAGAAAUGGAUAGGGAAAACCUAGAAUAUCUGAAUAGUAUGUUCCAACUAUUCCCAACUGAAACCUGGCAAGCCGUACAGGCUGUGCUCCAACUCCGAUGCAACGGCGAGGGCUCAUUAUCUAUCAGAGCUCCUGCUGAAUUAUGGAAGGUUGUUCUUGGCACUGUCCAAACAACACCCGCCGACCACAAUAGUCAGCAGAAAAACACCCCAGCCAAUGGUACAUUGCCAGUCUUCGAGUUGCUGUGUCAGUCCAUCUUUAAAUUCCAGCCCAGCUGGCUUCCCAAGUUUCUGGAGCUGGCACAGCAGCAGUCCAGCUCUUCAUCUACGUCUUCCUGGAGUUUUGGAAAGGAGAACUCCGAGAGCCUACCUUUAUAUAAACGGGCUCUUGCUGUCGUUCCCUGUAAAAGUGCUUGCCAGGAUUUGGAGGUGGAGCUCCUCUUGUGUAGCCAGCGGCCUAAUGCAGUAAUGCAAGCCAUUCGCAUGCUCAUAGGACAAGGCCAGUGGGACCGUGUUACUCAGGUGGCUGAGAGGUACUGCCGCCAAAGCCCUCUUCUCAAUAAGGAGAUUUUCAGCACGCUGCUGAAUGAGGUGGCCCAGCACAGGAACCUGGAUCCCUACCUGGACUUGCUGUGGACCCUUUGUCCAGAAGACGUGACUGUUACUGGAAUUUUAAACCUCGUUCUCAAAAAUUUGCCCCCAACGACACAGCCCUCUAGCCUGUUCCAGGAACAUUCACAUGGGAGUCAGCUCACCAUUGGUCUUCUGAAGCCUCUGCUGAAUAAAGUUCUCCAGCGGGAGACGAGAUCCAGCCAGAGGUAUGUAGACAUUCUCCAGUCGCCCACGCUUCCUCCCCCUACACCUCGACGUCAAGUUGUAGAGCUGGCUCAGGUCAAUACUGAACUGGACAUUGACCUAAAGGAGAAAACUCCAUCUGGCUCUCCAGUCACCUCUGGCUGACAUUUCCAGACACAAACCAGAUCAGUAUCAUCAUUGACUCUGGUCCUUGCGCAGGCCAGACGCUGGCUUUAGUGUUAUCGCUGAUAACAGUAUAUUCAAAGUAAGAUAUAAGAACCUUAAUGGGGCCUACUUUAAAGGCUUUCAAAAUAUUGAUUGGUUUGUAGUGAACUGUAGAGUUUAAAUAUUGCGCCUCUUUUUUUUUCUAUUUAAAAUGGUUUGGAGCAUGAUUUUAUGUUUUCUUUUUUUAAUUUAAUGCUACGAUUCUUUGAUUUGAUAUGAACGUGUCUUUAUUUGAGCUCUUUGGAAAGUUCAGUGUGUUAAAAAGAGAUGCUCUUUUUAUAAUGACCUGACACAUGGGUGUCAGUCACAUCAUAGUGUAUUUUAUAUUGAAUAUGUCAAAGUGGUUACUUUCAUUGCAAAUAGAACAAACCUUGCCUUAUUCAAGGGUAGCAAUUGCAAAGGCAUGCUGUUGUAGCUCCUGGGUUCAAGCCCAGCGGCCGGCGAGGGCCUUCCUGUGUGGUUUGCAUGUUCUCCACGUGUUUCCUCCAAGCGCUCCGGUUUCCCCCACAGUCCAAAGACAUGCAGGUUAGGCUAAUUGGUGGCUCUAAAUUGACCGUAGGUGUGAAUGGUUGUUUGUCUCUGUGUCAGCCCUGUGAUGACCUGGCGACUUGUCCAGGCUGUACCCUGCCUCUCGCCCAUAGUCAGCUGGGAUAGGCUCCAGCUUGCCCGUGACCCUGCACAGGAUAAGCGGCUACGGGUGAUGGAUGGAUGGAUGGAUGGAUGGAUGCUGUUGUAGCCCAGUGGAGCAGCUUGAGCUUCAAUCAUUACAGGAAAUCUAUAAGCACGUAGUUGCACUUUGCCAUGCUGUCUUCUUCUGGCAGUGAAAAUUUUGAUUAUAGCUAGAACACUACAGAUGAUGUUAUCUAAAUGUUUAAUACUGAAUUAUUGUCAGUAAUGUGGUGAACAUAAAACGAUAUGUUAAUACAAAAUGUAUAUAAAGUCACUCAAAACCUAAAAAACAUAACUUAUUUCUGCAAUCAGGUAACAAGUUAAAGGACUGUAUGUUUUGCCGGCAUGGUUUGUGACUGCCCACUUGUCCCUUUGAAAGGGGACAGACUUAUUUUGACUGAUCACAUUUAUCCUCUGAUGAAACAUUUUCUAUGUUGAUAUGAGUGGUCUCCUCCAGCAUGAUGAUGCAACAAUCCACAGGGCGUGAGGGCUCACUGAAUGGUUCGAGUAAGAAAAUGAUGUAAAUCAUAUGCUAUGGCCUUUUGCAGUCACCAGAUCUCAACCCAGUUGAACACCUAUGGAGACUGCGCAGUGAUGUUUCAACUGUGCUCUCCACCACCAUCAAAACACCUAUGUUUUGGAAGAAUGGCGUUCGUCCCUUUAGUACAGUUCCGAAGACUUGGCAGCUCAUGGUGGCCAACAUCUCACUGAGAUGCUUUAUGUUGGGUUUUUUCCUUGUGCACCUGUCUGUACAGUGACUGAUAAAUGACUUGACAUGACAUUUCUAAGCAUGUUUACCCUUACCAAGAAAAUCUAAUGUAUACUCUUCGACUGCUCUUGCUCUGAUAAACCAGUGCUGCAUGACCUGUAAUGGCAUAUUUGAACACGAUUGGCUUUUACAAUUAAUGAUGCAGAAACACUUGUUUGUCAUAUGUUCAAAACCAACUGAGAUUUUCAGCUCCGCUCGGUUCUUAAAUGAAUGCAACAAAAGCACUGUUGUGAACAUUGCCCAGUCUGCAUUCUCUAAGCAAUUCCCUAGAAAGAUUUAAAUAUGCAUGAUCUAGCAUUUCACAUUUGCCUUGGUGAUAUAACCAUAUAGACAUGCUCAUAAUUCUGAAGACACUAUUGUAAUAAUAAUAAUAAUAAUGGAAAAUUAAAGAAUUGUCUAUAUAAACUUA